GUCACCGAGGUGUUAAGGCAGCUGAUGUGACCACAGGUACGAUGUCCACGUCGACUGUUCUUGCCUUCUUCCAACUGAUGGUGUCCAGGUUAAAUGUGAUAAAAUGCUGUUUGGUUGUGUGAACACCGGUUUAGUCGACUGGACUGUGACAUUACUGUAGGUUAGCGCCUCGCUAGCCAACCAUUAAGAAAGGUAGCCAUUGUUUGAGUUGUUGGCUAACAUGGCAACGUAAGCUAACGACGCCGGCAUGCAGGUUGUCCUCAUUCAGCUUAUUGUUCGAACAUACCGGUGAAUGGUGGAGGAAUAACAUACACGUUUGUGGCUAAAAAGCAAUAGGACUGUCGGCUGCUUAUCUGUUUAUUGACCACCUGAAGAAAUGAGGCAGUAACACGCAGCCUGCCAAGAUGACCGACAGGAAGGAGCCACCCUUUUUUAAUGACAGUGUUGAAACUUUUCACCAUAAACUUCCUUUCUAUGAUACGAUGGACCUCUUCAUAGAGACUCUAACGGGGACCUGUUUUGAGCUACGUGUGUUGCCCUAUGAAGCUGUCAUUUCAGUCAAGGCAAAGAUCCAGCAAUUGGAAGGUAUCCCUGUUUCCCAGCAACACCUUAUCUGGAACAAUUUGGAGCUGGACAAUGAACAUUGUCUACAUGACUAUGGCAUUGCCGAGGGCUGCACCCUGAAACUGGUCUUGGCUAUGAGGGGAGGCCCGAUUAAUACCAGAAGAGUUACAAUAGAAGACCCUGUGAAAGAGGUGGCAGACCAGAUGGAGGGCACAAGGGAGCAGGGCUUUGAAAAAAGUGUAUCCAACAAACAGGUCACAUUUGUGGUUUACCGUGAGAGUGACCAGCUCAACUUCUUCAGAGUAGUCGACAGAGGAGAUGGCACACUCACUCCUCUGGCUGAAUCACUGAGUGGGGGCUCAGUGUAUAAUGUGUACCCAGAAGAGGAGGAUGGAGAGAGUUCUGUGGCCGCACAGCAGAAGCUCGAGAACUCCAUUACCAUGAGUAAAAUGAAGAUGCUCAAAGCCAAGAUGGAUGAUAUGAAUCUUAACAAAAAGCCAAAGAAGUCUGCAAAAUUAAAACCACGGCCCCCUGUUAGCCCCAUUCCCUGUGGUAGCACUGUAGGACCCUCAAGCACAAGACACCAUCAUCGCCUAUUUUGCAUGCUUCCCCAGACUAACCAGCUUCAGCAGUCAAAUACACAACUACCUCCAGUCAGGGAUCAUAACUCUGUGCACUCCACAAAUCUCUGUGCUCCAACACCGUGUGCUCACCUCUCUGUCUCCAGGCGACCCCCUUCUUUUUCUUCGCCUUCUUGUUAUAUGCUUGAAGAGAAAGAAGAGGAGGAGCCAUGGGAGGCAAGCCCACCCUUUGCAAACAUACACCCCCCUCCAAAGGUAUCUCGAUUAGACAUUGGUAGCGCCAGGUUCAUGAGAGACUUUGUGUACCCUCAGCUCCCUCCAACCUACACCAGAGGGCCACCUGAGGCCACCUGUGAGGCAGCUAAGCAUGCAGCAGGGGCAGUGGGCCUGGGUUUGUUAGAGAAAGGAACUGGAUUGCUGGAGCCCAGCAAGUCUGGAGCUACUUUUGGGGAACUGUCACACACUCUGAGCCUGGACGUGUCCACACAGGCAGAGGGAGGACAUCGUACCUUUGACGUUGGGGCACAGCACCAGCUUCCCCUCGCCCCCUCCCCACUCAGUUCUUGGCCACGAGGGACUAAUGAUGCAAUCGCCAGCAGAACCAAUAGGACGCAGUUUGGUAGUUCUUUUCAUGUCAGCCCUCCCUCUCCUUUGCCCACCUCACCAUCCCCUGCCACAAAACUGCUGCCUCAGCCAUUUGAUUCCACAGUGUCCUUUUUACAGCCUAUCCUACAAGCACAAAUUAAGCCAUCCACCACAUCCCCCCAUCCCUCCACGACUUCGUCUCAUCCUCCACGCCCCCAUGGUGUCAAAGUAGAAUCACCUGGAAAGAUGCCAGAGUUCAUCUCCAAAAAGGAAGCAAGAGACAUCGCCAACAUGGCCAGUCAAACCUAUAAGGAGCCGCUGGGGUCUGUCGACAGAGCUGAGCUCCUUGCUUCUCUGUCCAAAAGGCCUUCAGAUAACUGUAUGAAUGACUGCCUCCACGAGGGCUUGGGUCUAACUUUGGCAUUACCUCUUGCUGCUCCCUCAGGAGAGGGUAAUCUUGGAUCCAGACUGCCCUCCAUCCCAGCUCACAGCCUCAUUCCAAAUGAUGGUGUCAGACAAAUGUCACCCCUGCACAGAGCAACAGCCUCUUAUAUGGCCACCAACAGUCUCACAUCAGCUGGGGGCCUUUCACAUUUGUUUGGGAGAACAGGGGCACCUACAUACCAGCUACCUCCAGUGAAGCCUCCCACAGGCAGCAAGAAGAGCUCCAAGCACUGCUUUCUUUGCGGCAGGAAGACCGGCCUGGCCACCAGCUAUGAGUGCAGGUGUGGCCACAGCUUCUGUGCAACACACCGCUAUGCAGAGACACACAACUGCUCGUACGACUACAAGAGUGCCGGCCGACGGCUUCUACAGCAGACAAACCCUCUCAUCAGCGCCCCCAAGCUGCCCAAGAUUUAAAUCCAGUUCCCCUCACAGCUAAAAGGCUUGGGUGGGGGUGCUGAACACUAGAGGUUCAUCUGACUGAACAGGAACCUCAAAGGUCUGUUAACUUAGCAUAAGCCACUGUGUGCUUUUUACCUGCCAAUUUCCAAUUAAAAUUUUGAUACGCCAAGUGUGAACAAAUCAAAAUGGCACAGACAUACGUAUGUUACAUCUAGAAAAUGUGAAGCUUUUUUUUUUUUUCCUUCUGAAAUGUUUUUCUUCAUUGCAAAAAAAAGUGCUUGUUUGUAGGUUGUUUUUGGGAACAUCUGCUGCAUGAUCAGUGUACUUAUGUUUAGAUUUGUCUGCCUUUUAUUU